AUGGAUAAAUCUAAGACAACGUUCCUAUUUCUAUAUCUAAUUUCCAGUUCCUGUCUUAUGGCAUAUGCUGCCCCCAGACCCCAGGACCUUGAUGAUGAGGAGGAUGUCAAUGGUGUCAAUGAAGUCAUACCCAAGUUCAUAAACCAAAGUCUGGAUUACAAUGCUGUGGUUGGUCACUUUAAGGACUUUUUCAUGUAUUUACCCGUAAUGUUUACCACUCUGAAAGAAACCAUGUCUGGUUUCCCGAAAUUUGCUGAAGGUGUGAAAAUUUUAUCCUCCAGUAUUGGCCCCACACCUGAGGAACCCAACUGUAAAUGCAAAGCAUCAACGCCGACAGUGCUAAGUAGCAAUGAUAUCGAUUGA